AUGCAAACUGAGUCAUCUGGAGUGGAGUGCUUUCGAGAACUUGUAGAUGAACUUUACAGGCUCUCGAAAUACACCGCCGGCACGUUAACAGUGGGUGAAUUGAGAGAUGUACGAGACAAUUUCAGAGAUUUGUUAAGAGUCGAGAGCUCUCAAUUUGAUGAGAGAGAUUAUAAAGAUAUCAAGCUUACAAUAUUUUGGAUCGAUGCUGGUAUUGAUUACCAUGCAAUAACAGAAGUUGGAAAUGUUAGUGAGUCCAUUGCUAUUUCUAGAAUUGUGCAAUCGUUGGGUAAUGCUGGUAGAUCUUUGAGUACAUUAAAUCAGUUGGAUCGAAUAGACGCUGAGGAAGGAGACUCGACCACCGACUUAUCUCAAAAACUCACUGUGGCCAAUAAAAUUCGAAGCUUGAUGGAUGACCAUACACAGUUUGUUACAGAGGUGUCUGCCAAGGGUGAUUUAAUUGAUCAGAUUCACAUUCUUUAUGUCAAUGACAUGUAUUAUAGAGAGAGAGGUGAUGAUGGUGAGAUAAGCUUUGACUCUCAGCUAACCCAAAGUAUCCAUACUGAGGGGCCUUUGUCUUCAGAUGAGAUUCUCAAUGAUGUUUAUAACUAUGGAUUCACCAGAUUAUUGGCAACUCUUAAUCCAUUGGAUACCAAACGUAUUCAGCUGAAGAAGAUACGUUUGGCUGCUGUGGAUACUGUGGAUCAGUAUCUGACUAAGCGGGGAAUACUAUUUGUGUACAAUUCCAAUGUUGUCAUAGAAUUUCAUCGACGAAUAUGGGGUCUGGUGAAGUUUUGCUUUAGGAAUAACGUUGACUAUGAUGUUUUAACUGAUUCAAUUGACAGUUUUAGUGAGCUAAAUCCUGUUUUCCCCAUUAUGCGACUCUUCUUGAAGCAAGCAUUGGAAGAGCAAAGUCUAGACAAUGACGGUGACAACAGUCCUGAAUUCAGCGCUGAAUUCACUGAUGAAUCGGAUGAGAAAUCUUUAUUUGUGAAGGAAGACCGUAUACCUCCUCCUCAAGAACUUAUAUCCAUACUUCGAAGCGUGGUGGAACCUCAGGCAAACACGCUUCCUCAAUUGCUUGUAUUUGUAAAAGCAUUGGAAAUCUAUUCAGAAUUUUUGGACACGGACGGAAUUCAAUACUACUCUGAUUACUAUUACUGUGCUGUCAGCCGAAGCACUAGUGCUUGGAUAAAUAAAGAUACAUCGCUUCUGGAGUUUUAUGCAGAGUUGCAGGAGUUGGCUACGGUUUCUACCUCGAAAAAGCAUUCUGCUGAUGGGCACGUGAUGGCCAAUGAUCAACUUAUAGAGGCCGCUUUGACAGCCCGGUAUAUUUUGAAGGUGGAACGGGAUUUUAUGGGUGUUUUAAAGGAUACAUUUGUAGAAGAGACAUUAUAUGAUUCCAAACUGAUGACGAUAAGACGUCUUCUCAGAGCUCCUUAUUUUACCGUAUGGAAGAUUCGAUACUCUCAGAAUAAGAACAUUGAGCAGCAGGCUUAUCGAUCCUGCAACAAGUAUGUCGUUCAUCGAUAUAUGAAAUUAUGGAGACACGAGUAUGACAAGUAUGUCAAAUCAAUUCAGGAAGCAGAUAAAUAUCUUGAAAAGCGGAUGUUUUAUCGAUGGAAGGGCCGGAAACAGUGCACAGAGAGGGUAAUGGUUAAGAAACUUCGAGAAUUUGAGUUGAACCACACCAUUCGAAGAUAUUUCAAGUAUAUGUUGAUGGGAGUUAGAGCUAAGAAUAGCAAGGCAGUUAAGAUGGUUGAUUCUAUUAUUUUAACUGUCUAUCUUAACCGUUGGUUGUGUGGGUUAAGAACGAUUAGAGAGCUCGAGAAGAAAAGUGCUAAUUUCUAUGUUGAUACUCUGUACAGAAGUACGCUUUUCCUUUGGAAAAUGGCAUGUGGAUGUCCAUUUCAACGGCUUAAGAUUCUUAAUGAAGCCCAGACAAAGUUCACUCUUCAGCGAUAUCUACAUAUGUGGCUUGACCAGUUGAUGUACGCAAAUUUUGAGGGCCAAGUCAUUCAGAGCAGCAUAAAACUGAGAAAACGAUAUUUCUUCAAUUACUGGAAAACGAUCUACGAUAUUAGUUUGAUUGGUCAUAAGGCAGACAAGAAACUAGAUGUUUCAGUGGCCAGAAGACUGAUUAAAGAAUGGAAAGAGGUUGCUAGGAUGAAAAUGAAAGCUGAUAAUGUGUUAAGAAAGCAUGUCAUGUCAUCGUCAUUGAAUCAGUGGAGAUUAAAAUUGAGAUUCAUUGAUGGAUGCACGAAGAGAAAUUCGAUAUUGGCAAGAAAGGAGAUACGAUUAUGGAGAUUAGAGACAAAGCUUCGAGAAUAUCAAAACCAAUUCGAUUCCGAGAUGGUUACGGAGACAUUCAAAUUAUGGAAGAAGAAAGUACAGCGAUGUACCAGUGAUAUGAAAGAGUCCGAAGAAGUGAACCGAUAUUUGACGUUGCAGACCUAUAUGAAAUUUUGGGGUACACAUUUCAAGACAAGGGUAGAAUUGAAUGACAGGGCUAAUAGACUCAAGGAGUUUGUGAGUCAGAGAGAAAGGAUUCGACUUAUCCAGUUUGCUCUAGAUCGAUGGAAGCUCGGAUACUAUGAGCUGAAGGAGAAAGAGGACCGUAUUGAAAAUAUUUACAGAGGACACUUGCUUCGAACCAGUGUAACACAGUGCUUUGACAUAUGGAAGAAGAAAUUUACGAGGAUAAAAGAAGCCCUAAUGGUGGCGGAUAAUGUUAGGGACAGUUCACUGAUGUUGAAUGUGAUGCUCAAGUGGCUUAAUCAAUAUGAUAGAUUGAUCAGGCUUGAUGAGAUGUAUCAGAAUCAUGUCAGUAUGCAAGAUGUGGAACUGCUUAGAAGCAUGAUGUCUCGAAUGUCGCUUAGGCUGAUUAAGUAUCAGACCGAUUACCGAAAUGCGGACAUGUUCAAGCUUCGAUGGCAGAAACAUGCUCUCAGAGCGUUCUUUGACAUCUGGAACAUCAAAUUGGAAAACAAGAAACAGAGUAAGGACGAAAUGGCGACUGUUAUUGGCAAUCCAUACAUCGAAUUAGAAAGAAAUGGCAGCCGGUUGAGCUCCAUUCAAUCUGAAUCAUCGUCUGAUUUGACCCUCAUUUCAUCGAGUACGCCGUCUACAUUGGCUUCUCUGGUGUCUAGUCCAGGAGGAAUGUCACCUCCAAGGUUAUUUAGAACACCUAUUCGGCAUAAUAAGACGUCAUUAUCGAGUUCUGCCAAACGUGCCCGAAGGUUGAAUCUCGAGCAGAGAGUCAAUCACUACAAACAGGCAAAGCAGAGAUCUCCAGAAAAGAUGUCAGAUUCAGAUUCAGUUACUACACCUACCAGAGCCAGAGGUUCGGGAACGGGAACGGAGACUGUUGACUCACCGUUGAUGCGAUUACGAAGUAAACGAAAGUAUAAGUAA